UUAGAAUGACAACGAUUUCUGCUGUGGGUCGGCCAUUCGGCUUAGGGAUGCUUUACGAUCGUCGUUCAGACAGGUUGAUUCUUAGUAAAACAUUGUGGUCUCAGAAGCAUUUGAAUGCCGCUGUCGAGACUAGUCACCAACCAUUCACUAACUCCAAAGUAUUCACAGAAAAUACGGUUGAAGAUAAGACAAGUGCUCUUGACAUAGAAGCCAGCCUAAAGUUGAGUUUUCUGUCUGGGCUAGUAAAAGUGGAAGGCGCUGCAAAGUAUUUAAAUGAUACCAAAAAAUCAAAGAAUCAAUGUCGGGUUGUCCUGAAAUAUGAAACAACUACAGAACUCAAACAUCUCACCAUGGAACAUUUGGGAACAGGAAAAAUUCAAUAUCCCGAGGUGUUUGAUACUGAUACUGAGGCAACGGAUGUUGUGGUUGGUAUACUGUACGGAGCAAAGGCAUUCAUGGUAUUUGACAAGGAAGUCUCUAAGGACGAAACGUUAAAAGAAGUACAUGGAAACAUGGAUGUCUUAGUUAAAUCAUUGCCAAGCAUUACUGUUGAUGGACAUGGGUCUGUCAAAAUCAAUGAAACACAAAAGAAGAACACCGAAAACAUGCGUUGCCAGAUGUAUGGAGAUUUCCGUACCAGCGAAAGUCCAACAAAUUACGAAGAUGCAGUAAAAAUUUACAAACAGUUACCUUCAUUGAUUGGUGAGAAGGGAGAAAAAGCAGUUCCAAUUAAAGUAUAUUUGUGCCCAUUGAGUUCAAUCGACAGCAAAUGCCAAAGAAUAGUAAGGGAGAUCAGUUCAGAACUAGUUAAAAAAUCAGCUGAAAUCCAAGAGCACCUCCAGUCUGUGAUAGCAGAAUGCAAUGAUCUGAUAAGGGAAGAUAUAUGCGUUCAUUUUCCAAGAUUAGGAAGACAACUUAAACAUUAUUCGAAAACGAUUGAGUUGUACAAACUCCUUCUACAAAAGAAAAUACUGGUAAUUCUUCCCCAAAUUCGAGGUGGUGGAGUAGAAGAAAUCGAGCUGACUCAAAUCAUUGAAGAAAACGAAGCAUCUCCGUUUUCUUGCGAAACCCUCACACGUUGGCUUGGAUGCAAGAAACAAGAAAUGAAGAGAUUACAUGGUUUAAUUCGUCCACUUAAAGAAACUCAAGUCAUCAUUCCAGAAGCUGUACAGGAUAAAGUGUACAUGUAUAAUCCAGAAAUUAAGUUUAUAGUUUGUUGUACGUUCAAAAUUGCCUGCGAAGAAGACGAACAGAUUUUGAAAAUGGAUGCCUAUCUCAAUGAUAGCGACGCGUCAAGUGAAAGCGUUGCAAAAAACGCUCUCAAAGCUGACGAAAAAUUGACAUACAAGAAAGUACGUAAAGCAAUGGAGCAUUUCACGACGCUAAAAUCGGUCAAUAAAGAAAACUGUUCGGUGGAAUUUCUCGCGACUGAUGAGCCGCUUCCCCAUGACUACGAGGGUAAAACAGGGGCUUUUCUUUACUUCUAUGAAGAAGGAGAUGUUGAGAACGAGGAUCUGACCUCACAGCCGCCGCCUAACAACCUGAAAUUAGAAGAAGCAGAAGAAAGUACGUUGCAAGUUUCCUGGGAUGAUCAAGCUGGGAACACUGUUACGAGUUACAAGGUUCAAUACCAGGAUGAUGCUGGCGGAGAUACGUGGUCAAGUGUUGAUGUUAAAUCCAGCGGCGAAGUUCGGAAUUUUGUCACUCUUACAGAACUUAAACUAGCAACGAAAUACUUCAUCCGAGUCUGCGCGGUACGAAAAAUCAUUGUAAGUAAGUACAGUGAGGUAUUUUCUGCCAGUACGAAGCCAGCCAGUCCUCCUGGUAAACCAGAACUACAAGAGGCUACAUCUGAAUCACUAACAAUUGUUUUCAAAGAACCACAACGUCUCGGAAAGGAUGUUCAGAUCGUCAACUAUAAAGUCGAGUGGAGCCAAGAUGACUGGAAAACUCGAAAGAUGGAACAGACCGACGAUGCAACGCCAAAGUAUACUCUAAAAAAUCUUCAUCCGUCAAUGUCAUUUGUCUUCAGAGUCACAGCAAACUGUGGGGACGCUGGAGAAAGCAGCAACAGUCCUUCUAGCGAUUCAUUUUCUACAUCUUUUCAAAAGCCAACGUUUCAGCCGGGAAAAAUCCUUGGUUUGUGCGAGCUUGCUAAGCCAGCUGAGGACGGCAAACCUGCUGUCUAUGUUCUUCCUUCGACUUUAGUAUUCGAAGAUCCUGAUCUUGAAUCACGUAAAUAUCAGAUUAACCUUGAAGUCGGAGGUAAUGAUGAUGCUCAGAGGGCAAGUAUACCAAAUAAAGUUAUAGUGAUGGUUGGAUCAACUGGUUCAGAAAAAACGAAAACAGUAAAUGCUAUGAUCAAUUAUAUUCUCGGAGUGAAAUGGGAAGAUUCUUUCCGACUGAAGAUGAUUCAUGAUUCUUUCCGGACGCCGAUUGUCACUUGCUACACUUUGCCACAUUUGAAAGGUUUUAAGGUACCGUACAAUUUAACUAUCGUGGACACCCCUGAGUUUGGAGACGUCAGAGAAAUGAUACACAAUCAAGAGAUAACUGACCAAAUUCGCAAGUUUUUCGAAACCCGUGAUAAUGUAGGGAUUGAUCAUAUUGACGCUAUCUGCUUUUCUACCCAAGCCACUGGAACAAGGCCCACACCUAACCAAUGUUACGUGUUAGACAAAAUUAUGUCCAUGUUUGGCGAGGAUAUCCAGAAGAACACAAUAAUUCUAUUCACCCUUCUUGAUCCUGAUACCCAAGCCGUAUUCACCCCUCAGGAGGAUGACAACUCCGAAAGUAAUAUCUUUAGCCCAAUGUUUUGGUCAAUGGAAAUGAAACGUGUUGAGAAGUUUUUUGAAUCUGUUAAUGGAAUGGAAAGCCAAAGUGUUGUUUUAACAAAAGAUAUGUCACAGGAAAUGGCGCAAGUGGAAGUUCGAAUAAGUGACUUGCAGGAUAAAAUACACUGCGGAAUGAACGCACUUUGUCGACUUCAGCAAGAACAGAAAAUAUUUGAACAAUAUGCCAAGAGAGAUAAUUACAACGAGGACCUUGAUUACAGUUUAACAGAAGAAAAACGAGUGAAAGUUCCUCUGCAAUCUGGAACGUACGUAACGAACUGUAUCCCUUGCAAUUAUACCUGCCACCCCUUUUGUGAUAUCCCUAGGAUGGAAGACAAAAAAUACUGCGCAGCUAUGAGAAAUGGAAGAUGCCAGCAAUGUCCCAAUCAUUGUGACUGGUCGGUUCAUGUAAAUGUCCAGUAUCGGGUGGAAAUUGAAAGAGUUAAAAAUGAACAGACUGCCAGUAAAAAGUAUUAUCGCCGGAAAACCGAUGUUGAAGCACAAAUCAAGAAGCUUAAAAAAGAGUACGACGACACUCAGAAGGUUGUUCUCGUGUUUGUGGCAGAAAUGCAACGUUGUUUACAACGGCUAACAGAAAUCGCUCCUCUUGAUCCUGUUGAUCCACCUUCUGAUCCUCUUGAACUUUGGGAAUAUCUUGGUCUUCUUAUUCGUUCAGAAGAAUUGCAACGCAAACCUGGUUUCGAGGACCGUAUAAAGGCUCUGCAAGAAACACUAAAUCGGGCUGAAAAGAUAAAUCGCACAGCAAAACCUGGUUUUGAUCCAUGGAAAGAAUACCAAGAAAACGAAGAAACGCGAAUGUUCCUCCAAAAAGAAGAUGAUAGGCAAAAUCCGCUACGAUUUUUUUCGCGAAUGUUCAGUGGUAUUGUUAACGUAAUAACUGGUAAGAACAACGACUGCUAAACGUGUAUUAAGUUAUAGUUAUUAUGAUCAUGACAUAUUUCUAAAAGUAAGAGCAGGAAAACAUAAACCGAAGUUAUGUGGUAUUGUCUGAGCGAUAGCAAGGUGAAUACAAACUCAGAUUGAACUAACGCUUGUAUACUGAUUUUUAUUCUGUACUGCCCCGAAUGAUCAACGUUGUUUCGGACAGUCAAUUACAAUUAUGGAACGUUGAACCAUGCAUGUACAGUACUGUCCAGAAAUAACCUAACAAAAACCGCUGUUAACCUAGGUUAAACCUCGGCCUAACUCGGAUUGACAGACAUUUCUUACGAUUUUUUCGAUUUGGUUAUUGUGUUGUCCUUCUAAGCUGUUCAUAUAACAUUUCGUUCGGAAGCGAACGGCUACUGCGAAGGUAUUUUUCCCCUUGCAACCGAACGGCAACCUAACCGCGACCGCAGUGUUAGGUUAUUUCUGGACAGUACUGUAUAUCGUUAUAUUAAUUGAUUUAAUUCUAUAUUCCACACUGUUUUAUUUAUAUCUGAUUUAUUUUGAUUAUAUUUUGCUUCAACUUGAUUUAAUAAGAUAUAGGACGUGAAUGUUGAUGUGUAUGCAUGUAAUUUGAUUCGGAACAGUUAAAAUAUUAGGACAAAGUCAAAGACGAGAAGUGCAAGUUUUGUUGACAGUGAGAAAUGUACAUGUUAAUUAAGUUAUUUAUUUUCAAUCAAUAACAUUAUAGAUGUAUCCUAAUCAAGGAAUAAUGUAUUUAGGAAUAUGUUUGGAAGACCUGUUUGGUGUUGAACGUGGAAUUAUGUAAUUAUAUGAUACAUCUAGGUUUGUAAAAAUAGAAUAAAAAAUUGUCUCGCGCGGGUGAAAUACGAAGUCCGAAAUACUUGCAAAAUGUUAAACAACCCCAUCUUCACCAAUUUCAAAUGAUUAAACUUUUUUAUAAUACAUCAAGGAGAGAAUUUGGUAGUGUUGAAUUUGAAGAGCGACUAAAAAUUUCUGUGCUUAGCUAAUCAGUGAGUUAUGUAUUUCAGUAGCCAAUCAGUGUCCAGAAUUCACAAAAGAAACUAAAAACGAAUUUAAAAACUACACCGAUCGACAUUUCGUUUCCUCCGGCUGCGGUGCAGAGGCUUCGUAUUUAAACCUUCAGCAUCACAGGCGACAUGUUCAACAGCUCGAAAGGUAGCUAGGAUUUUAGUAAGAGCUAGCAGAAGCAUAAGUAUAGGAUCGGUCUAUUUAUCUUUGUGAUAUAAAUUUUCACAGCUGGCUAUG